CUGUUGCAGUAGUUGCCAUUGCGUUGGAAGUGAGAACUGGUGCUGUUUGUUGGCUGAGCUGCUACUUCUAUUGCGAAAUAUUCAUUAACAAUCGCUUGGCCAUGACACAGGUGUUUAUCAAUGGUGCCAGAGACGAUCUCAAUGUACGGGAGUUCCAGAGCCUGGAUCAUUCGAUUCAGGAGCUCAUCCUGGCAGCCACUGAAGCCAGGAAACAGGCUUAUUGUCCGUACAGUAACUUUGCCGUAGGAGCCGCCUUGAGGACCAGCGAUGGCACCAUAUACUCUGGUUGCAACAUCGAAAACGGGGCGUAUGCCACCUGCAUUUGUGCAGAGCGCACUGCAGCCGUCAAGGCCAUCAGUGAAGGCAAACGCGACUUUGUGGCUUGUGCAGUGGUGGCCCAGCAGGAUAAUGGCUUCACCACGCCCUGUGGCGUCUGCCGGCAGUUCCUUUCGGAGUUCGUCAACGGCAAGGACAUCGCCCUGUACGCCGCUAAGCCGACCAAUCUUCCAUUGAGGGUGCUCUGCACCAGCGUUCUCCAACUGCUGCCCAACGGCUUCAGCUUCGCCAACGGAAAAUAGGAAAGAAGGGCCCAACCCAGACCAGCCCAGUCGGACAGGGUGCAAUCCAUGUGCAAUACUUUAUGUGACAUCCCGUUUGUAAUGUUCUGUAAACCCACCCCUCGUUAUUUGUUGAUUGAAUAGCUUAUACAAGCUACUGCA